AUGGCGAUUACCCCUUCGGAAUUCCGAGCCUUUUGGAUAAACGUGGUGGAUGGGCAGAUCGCGGUAGGAUUGGGUGCCGAGCCUGGCAGGCGGGUGGUGCUCUUACACAAGGACCGCAACCCGAACCUGGACGUUAGAGUGGUGCUGGCAGCGUCGUGGGCAGGCUUUGAGGCCUUGUGCAGACGCUACGGUUCUGAGGGGUGUGGUGUGUUGUCGGUAGGAGGGGUUUCAGGGAUUAAUGGUGCCAAUACGUCCGUUAAAGGGGCAAACGAGGGGGACAGCGUGACAGGAGGAUAUGAUGGAAGAUCGCUGACAGCAGCAGCAGCAGCAGCAGCAGCAGCACCCAUCUCACUUCGACCUGCUGGGUCACUACAGAGGCAGCGGGCUGAAGAGAAGCUGCCUGUGGUCUCCCUACCUCACGUGGACCCCAAUCUCUUUCUGCUGCUCCUCACAUUCUACUACAUGGGACGACUUGAGGUACACCUCGCACUCGUCCGUCCCCUCCUCUCUCUCGCGCACGAGCUAGGGGCGCAGGAGCUGCAGCAGGCAUGCGAAGAAUCACUCCGAACGCACGGCGUGGCGUGUGAGGCGCCUGAAAUCCGUUCAGAUGCAUCUGCAUCUGGAUCCAUUCCGUCCAGAUCCUCUGCAUCUGCACCCAGUCACACGAGCAGAUUCUCUGCAUCUGGACAGAGUUAUUUGGGACCCUCUGCUACAGAGGAAUACCAAGUGCCUGCUGCCUCUGCAGCUGUAGCAGCAGAGAGGGGCAGCUCUGCUGUUAAUGCUGCUCCCAAUGCUACAGCUGCUGGGAGGGGGGAGGCAGCCAAGUCAGCCAAGUCAACGGGGGCUUUAAAGUCAACGCAGGUCAACGGCCUUGUGCAUCUGUGUUACCCAGUCGGCAGGAGUUUGCAGCAGCGGGAGCAUGGCUUUUCGAAAGCAGAGCAAAGUGGAGCCUUUUCUAACAGCGGGGGUCAAUCUGUUUCACAGGAGCAGAACUCAAGAGAGGCGUCUGUGGAGAUGGCGAGCAAGGGGGUGAGGCAAGGAGAUGGCGCAAGUUCAGGUGCUCGUUCAGGUGCUCGUUCAGGUGUAAGCUCAGGUGCACUUUCAGGUUCAGAUUCUGGCCCAGUAUCACCCACGGAAGGAACAUGUGUUCCGCUCCAUUUCCUGUCUUCUGAUACGCCGUGCCGGCUGUCUCAAUACCUGCUUUGCGACUGCUGCAGUAGCGGUGACACCAGCAUCUCUUCUCACCGUCAUAAUUGCAGCAGCUACAGUGACGUGAGCGUGCAGGCGGCUCAGCCUGGCAGCACUGUGUUUCGAGCACAUAGGGUGGUGCUCUGCGCCUGGAGUGCUGCCUUUCACAAGAUGCUGACAAGUGGCAUGCGGGAAGCCACCUCGCAUGAGAUUGUAAUCGGAGGUGCUUCUAAUGAAGCCGUCUCCUCUCUCCUGCACUUCUUCUAUACUGGACAGCUGCCCCCCACGCCCUCGUCACAUUCACAACAGAAGCGGUCACACCCCUUACACGCACGCCCCGUACAGUCACACCCCUCAUCACAGUCGUCCUCGUCACAGUCACUCUCGUUUCAGGCACAAUCCUCGCCUGACAGUAUACAGGGCGUGCAGUCACGAUCCGCGUCAGCAGCAGCACCUGACAGCAUGCAGGCCGUGCUGCUCUCGCUGCUGUGCCUGGCUGACCGCUUCUGCAUCCCAGCGCUGCACCAUGCUGCGAACGAGCGACUGUUGACAUGCCUUGAUGAAAGAGGGAAUGGUAACCGGUUGGUAACACCCUACCCUUUCCGUGUUGCUCUCGCUCGCUGCUGUGCCUGCCUGGCUGACCACUUCUGCCUCCCGGCUCUCCACUAUGCUGCGAACGAGCCACUGCUGGCCCUGCUUGCACCUGACAGUUCCCGCUGCUCGUUUUCCUCAUCUUCCUUUAUCGCUUACCUCACUUCUUCCUCCUCCGUUCAGUCAUCAGCUUUCACGACACUGCGAGUUGCCGCAUCAAUCCCCGGGGAAGCUUGCACGCACCUCACAGCUGUCGCCGCGUCAUUGGCCGCGGCGCGGUUCGAGCGGUGCGUCGACGCUGACGGGGACGGGCUGAGAACAAUGCCUGCUGCUGCGCUCACUGCUGUUUUGCAGAGCCCCUUCUUUCGAGCAGCCACUGAGGAGAGAGUGCUGGAUGCUGUGCUGACUCGGGAUGGGGAGGAUGGGAAGGAGCGAGGGCUGAAGAGAAGGGGAGACGAGGAUUAUGUGGAAGGGGAUACGACAUUCGAGCAAAGGUUGAUUGGGAGAGGAUUAACAUGCUGGGGCGAGUCUAUUCCGUCCCAAUCACCUCACAUUUUUUCCACUGUGAGCCGAGAGGAGGAGGUGAGGUGUGACUAUAAUGAGCAGGAGAAGAGUGAGUUGCCUCUUUCCAGUGGCUACAGUAACGAGAGGGAGGGUUUGGUUCUGAGGAAUGGGGAGAAAGCGAUGGAAGGGGGAGGAGCACGCUGGUCGGGCAGUGACAGUAAAGAGGGGGGGGGAUUCAACCGUCAAAGUGUCUCAAAACGGCCAGGGAAGCCACAAAAGGAGCAGCAGCAGGUGCCACAGAAGUCAACUCAGGAGCUUCUGCUGCAGGAGACAACUGAGAAGCUGCUGCUGCAGAAAUCACCGGGUUUCCCGAGCGCUCCUCGUGUGCUUCAGUACAUGCACGAUGGGGAUAAGAACGGCAUGUGCUUCCAUGCGGGCACUUCAUACGGGCGACACCCCUGGAUGAACCCCGUGCUCCUAGGGACCCUCUCAGUGACAGCUAGCAGCCCUCGGUCGCGCUACACCGAUGGCAAGUUCAUUGUCUCGGGCGAUUAUGUGAGCUCGUCCUUUGCCGGGCCUUGUGUGGAGGAGGGCUGCAUGACGGCUUGGUGGUGCAUCGACCUGGGGGAGAAGCACAAGCUUCUGUGCAAUGUCUACACAGUCAGGCAGCACGGCAGCCCUAACCACAAGCUCCAAUGUGUCUGCCUGCCUCUCCCCUUUCUCCCCCUUCUCCACAGCUUCUCUGCAACUUCUACACAGUCCGGCAGGACGGCAGCCCCAACUACAUGCGCUCGUGGUGCCUUGAGGCGUCCAACAAUGGAUCUGAUUGGACGAGCCUUCGGCGCCACUCAGAUGACACCUCCCUCUGCCGCCCGGGCCAGUAUGCCUCCUGGCCAGUUGACACCUGCACCGCACUCAACCCCACAAAACCACCUUGGCCAGGGCAGGAUGCCUCUUGGCCAGUUGACGCCUGUACACCAUACAAAUCGUGCGACGUGA